CCGGCCCCGGUGUCCAUGCAGGCCAUUAAGUGCGUGGUGGUCGGCGACGGCGCCGUGGGAAAGACGUGUCUGCUCAUCAGCUACACCACCAACGCCUUCCCCGGGGAGUACAUCCCCACCGUCUUCGACAACUACUCGGCCAACGUGAUGGUGGACGGAAAGCCGGUCAACUUGGGGCUGUGGGACACAGCGGGCCAGGAAGACUAUGACCGGCUUCGGCCUCUCUCCUACCCCCAGACGGACGUCUUUCUCAUCUGCUUCUCCUUGGUGAGCCCAGCCUCUUUUGAGAAUGUGAGAGCCAAGUGGUACCCGGAGGUGAGGCACCACUGUCCCCACACGCCCAUCCUCCUGGUGGGCACCAAGCUGGACCUUCGGGAUGACAAGGACACCAUUGAGAGGCUGCGGGACAAGAAGCUGGCGCCCAUCACCUACCCACAGGGCCUGGCCAUGGCGAGGGAGAUCGGUUCCGUCAAGUACCUGGAGUGCUCUGCGCUGACCCAGCGGGGCCUGAAGACGGUGUUUGACGAAGCAAUCCGAGCUGUGCUCUGCCCUCCCCCUGUGAAGAAGCCAGGGAAGAAGUGUACGGUCUUCUAGA